GAGAUCUAAAAGAUAAAACGCUGGGAACUGUAUUUGAAUGGAAUUGGGUGCGGUAAGUGUUAGGACUCAGCAUGAUCAUUGUCUACCUGUUCUUAGCGUCACGUGGCUUGAAUAUAACUCUUUCGCACGGUCAAAGCCUUCUCGACUAAACCAUGUUUAUGUGUAGUUGAUCGACCGGAACCAGAACACAUUGGCAAUUGGCAUCAUGGUAUACAAAAAAGCAUGGAUGGUGAAAAUUAAUAUCGCAGUUAAUCGAGUUCAGCCCACAAAGAUGGCAUUGACGUUUCUUUUUAUAUUUAUUGGUCUUUCUGUUAUUUACCGCGUUGGUGAAGGAGCACCGUGUAGCUUUGAUGUCGACCUAUGCAACUACACACAGGAUGCUACGGAUGAUUUAGAUUGGAUUAGGAUUAAUGGUGCAUCUUCCAUGGAUGACACUGGGCCAGAUGCAGAUCAUACACACGGAACAUCACAAGGAUACUAUGUCUACACCAAUGCUGGUUUACCUCAAACGCCUGGCUUAGUUUCUCGACUGAUCGGUCAACCUAUACCAGUUAUGCAGACCAGCUGUCUCCAGUUUUAUUACUACAUGCAUGGAGAACAUAUGGGUUCUCUUCGAGUAUACACUGACGUAAUUUCCUCAAAUCCAGUAUGGAGUCGGUCAGGUAACCAAGGCAGACAAUGGUUCAGAGGUCUGGCCACCUUGGAACCUUCACCCGGUUUUGCUCAGGUUAUCUUCGAAGCAAUCACUGGUUCUGGCAUACUAUCCGACAUUGCAAUUGAUGACGUCAAUAUUGUUGAUGGAGCAUGUCCACUUGAAAAUUUGAAUUGUGACUUCGAAAACGACGAGAAUGAAUUGUGUGGUUUUGCGCAAGACCAGACAGAUGACUUUGAUUUCCUAUUGAUUCAGGGUAGAACACCAACGGUUGCUACAGGACCCAAUGAAGAUCAUACCUAUGGAAAUACAUCAGGGCACUACGUUUACAUAGAAGGAACUGAUAACGUCAUAGCCCAGAGGGCGCGCAUCAUCUCACCUACAAUGCGUGGUGUUCAGGCCAAUGACCGCGAGGGAUUUUGUGUGGUGUUCUGGUACUACAUGCAUGGUAGCGCAGUUGGUGAACUUAAUGUUUACCUGCGCAAUGAAAGUUCCUUAAACCUCGGUCAACCAAUCUGGGGGAUAGCAGGAGAGAAAGGGGAAUACUGGAAAGCGGCAGAAGUGAAGCUGAACACGCCCGAAGAUUUUUACGUUGUGUUCGAAGCAACGCGUGGCUUGACUAGUUUUAGCGACAUUGCAAUUGACGACAUCGAUAUUACUAAUUAUGGCUGCCCUGGAUUUCAUAACAUCGGAAAUGAAAGAAAUAUAUAUUGUGAUUUCGAAGAAGAAGGGAUGUGCUCUUACAGUCUGGAUCCGACUAGCACUAUAUCCUGGGAAUGGACAAAUCGUGCAUCACCGGGAAGUACAGGGCCGACUACAGACCAUACGAUCGGCAAUGAACUAGGAUACUUCAUGUAUGUAUCCAGCACAACGUUGUCAACAUCAGCAGAUCGAGCCCGCCUUUUGUCUCCCGUCGCGGAGCGCCAAAGUGCAUCUUCAUGCGUCGAGUUUUGGUACCACGUUUACGGCAGGGAUACUGAGACGCUCAACGUGUACGUCAAUCUGGAGGGGGUGGUGCUACCGAAUUCACCCGCAUGGUCGAUAACGGGGAACCAAAGAAACUACUGGCAUCGUGCGACGUUUAAUAUUCCAGCCAAUACAGAUAACUAUAGGCUUGUGUUUGAAGCCAUCCCUGGUGAUGCCGUUAGUGAUGACGUUGCUAUUGAUGACAUCACUUUCUACGAAGGCACAGCGUGCCCAAUACCAAGCACUGUUCCACCACUUCCGGCGACAUCGCCAACGGCGGUGACCUCCCUGGAUUGCGAUUUUGAGCUUGGCUUCUGCGGGUACGAACAGGAAUAUGAAAACGACCAGGCGGACUGGGCAAGAGAGCAGGGAAAAUAUGUUGCAAGUUCUGAAACGGGACCACAAGUGGACCACAGUCUUGGGACAAGCGAAGGUUACUACGCGACGUUCGAUCCAUCACUCUUCAUAAGCCUUGACAGGAACGACGGAGCCAUACUGGUUUCUCCUUUUCUACAGGCAUCGAACAUCCCUCGUUGCAUUCAGUUAUAUGCGUUCAUGUACGGGACGAACGUGGACUAUCUAAACAUCUACAUCAGACCAUGGGGAGCAACUACCUCACUAGAUCCACAGUUCUCAAUCUACGGAAAUAUAGCCAAUGAGUGGCGACUUUACGGAAUGAACGUACCCAGAUCAAAUGAGCACUUCCAUGUACUGUUUCAAGCAAAUGUCGGUCGAUUCAAAUCAUCGGGAAAAAUUGCUAUCGAUGAUAUCCGAAUAGUUACCGGAAUGUGCCCUGAGGAAGUUCCCCCGACCCUACUGCCAUGGGGAGCCGAUUGUGACUUUGAGCAGAACGGAACGCUGUGUGGCUACACCCAGCGAUCUUCAGACGCCUUUGACUGGAUCUGGCACCAGAGUUCAACCGGAAGCACUAACACUGGGCCACAUGCAGACCACACACUCGGAACACCAGAAGGCCAUUACAUGUACAUCGAGACCUCACUACCUCAACGCCCUGGAGACCGCGCUAGUCUCAUCUCUCCUGCGUUAAACAGCCAGAACACGGACAUAUGCCUUCGAUUCUAUUACCAUGCGACUGGAGAGGGCGACAUCGGUACACUCAGAAUUAUAUUCAAAUUGGAAGGACUGUCUUCUCUGGUCGAAUUGUUCCGGGUCACUGGUAACAAAGGCGAUCGUUGGAUACCAGUUAAUAUUGAUAUCCCCGCCUCAUCAACAGGCUUUUCCGAUUUCGAGAUUAGGUUUGAUGGGUAUAAAGGAUACAGCUUGAAGGGAGAUCUUGCCGUCGAUGAUAUCAAAUUCUUACGUCAGCCAUGUGAGGGAUAUCCCACUGAAGGUCGAUGCACGUUCGAACAAGGUUUAGAAUAUUGUGGAUACACACUACGUACAGAAAAUGAUGUCACCUAUCCUACUUGGCAAUGGUACGACAGAUUAGCUGUCGAAACAUCACCUCUGAAAAAUAUAACUUCGACGUCAUUCAUGUACUCGAUGUCUAAUGCAAGAAAUAUAUCUCCGGUCAUGUAUUCUGAUAUCUACGAGCUUCGUGCUCGGGAUCAUUGCUUGACAGCGAAAGUUUUGCUUCUUAAUGACGACGGGAUGCAGUUAAACAUAGCGGUACAAGAAGGUACCAAUGGCCGGCGUAGUACUAUCGGGACUUUUGGCGGGAUUACAACAGCCUUCGAAUGGGUAACUGAAGCGUGGAAGGUACCUUUAGAUUCGGUGGCCGGAUCUUUCAGGUUAGUCUUCUCGACAACCAUUCAAGGUGGAUCUAAUGGGAUCGUAGCCAUCGAUGAUGUAAAUUUUACUCCGCUAUCGGGAGAGUGUGUACAAGCCAAUACAGGUGGUGAUGGAACAUCCACGAGGUCGGGGAGUUCUGGCGAAAACCCUGGUCUUAUCGCCGGUAUCAUCAUCGUUCUUCUUCUCCUUAUUGCGGUUAUCAUCAUUGCCUUUAUGAUACGUCUUCGGAAAUCAUUCUCAGCGAAGCUGCCAAUCACCGCCUACAGUAGUAGGCAGCCGGAUGAGCAGCCAGUGAUCGGCGAGGACAGUGUUGAUAAUGCAGAUGGUAUCAGGGGGACAUCAUUUAUGCAGGCCACUUACGACCAUGACAACGGUGAAGCUCAAGUUUAAUCGUCAACAUAGCACUUAGUUUGUCCUAAAUACCUGUCUAAAGCUUUAUCAAGGUUAAACGAUAUUAAUCUAUAUAUGGAACUAUCUUUUUAACUGUCCAUACCUGCAAUGAUUUUGUAGGGAACUUCGUAUCAUUUUUAUUGAUUCUUCAUCAUAAUUUUAACAUUUGAUAGUUCGAUUUAGUGCCCGUGCCGAACGCUGAUGUGUGAUUUAUUUUAUUAUUAUGGUGGGCAUUGGAGAAGCUACCGGAUACAUUUAGUUACGGUAUUUGAAAAGUGUAUGCGGAAGUUAUAUUGUGAAAUUUUCGAAUAAUUUUCAUGUUGAGAGUGGUUUUGCAAACAGGCUGUCGGGUCCAUAUUUUUUCUUCAAUUGGCCUACAAUUUCAAACUAUAUUUGAUCUUGUUGAUCGUGUAUUACAUAUUUUAAAGAACAAGCUACCCAUUCGUUUAUUAAAACUUCAAAAUAUUUAGAUUUAGCAAGUAAAUAAAUAAUUUGGCCAUCACCAAAAAAAGUUAAAUGGUAACAGGACAAUCUGAGUUGAAUGUCUAUCUAAGGGCAAGGACAAGGCCAUGCCCGCAUUGCAAGAGUUCAAAAACUUCAGAGAUCCGAUGCAAAAGUCAAGGACAAGACAUCAAAGGCUUUGUCCUCGGCCCCAUGAUUGUGUUCGAGACCAAAGUUGGUCUUUUCGAGGGUCAAUAUUUUUCUUCCAUGAAAUAGUCUUAGAUAUGUUGGCUUAUAAUUACAUUCUUAUCAAUAACAUACUUCCCGGCCUCGUGGGCAUUAUCAAGGGCCCAUGGUUAAAGGUUUCAAACCGUAGAGAUAAUGGAUGUCCAAAUUAAACCACCAAGCCAGGGUCACAUAAUUUUCACAACACAGGGUCUUGCAUUAUGUUUUAUGUUUGACGUAUCAUAAUGGUACACUUUAUUGCAUUUAUAAACAAUCCUUAUGUAGAGCUAAAAUAGGAAUUCGUGUACACAAUGCUUCUUUAGUUUAUUAAGGUUGUUUUUAUUAUUUGCAAUAUGUUUUUUUUAUGUCAGGUCAUUUAGCAAUUGAUGGUAUAAAUAAAAAUCUAUGGAAGUAAUGCUGUGUAGACAAAAUAUUAACACUGUCAUCAAUACAAUUAGACUACAUAAAACCAGAAUUUUAUUAUUCACUUGUUCUACAUUAAUAAAAUCACGUACUUCAUAGUAUUAAAGCA